GGAGUUUCGCCGUUUAUUUCUCUUUGGUCUGUCAAUCGCGAUUCAGAACAAAUUCCGAAAGGAACGAGUGUGAGUAUGGUCAGUCCUCAGGGAGGGACCCUGGGGUCGACUCAGACGGGGGAGGGCGCCACUGACAAAGAAAACUUCCUGUUGACAAGAGAUCGUCUCUUGCCUUGAAAGUUUCCUCAGAGACAACUGCUUCUCUCGUUGUACCAGCUGCUUUAGGAACUCUUCAUCAGCGCCCGAAAGGUGUAUCUCUUUGCCGCUUCUUUUGGGCAGUGACGCUCCGUCAGUCCACGUUUGCGUUUGGAGUUUCCUUCUCGCUUCCGCGCCUUGCCCCCCUCGUCUCGUCGGCGUCGGAGGCGCUGCGCUUCUUCUCUCGAAUUUAAAUCGCUGAGAAGCACAGUCCAGGAGACGGCGUUUCGAGCCAACUUUCGUCGGAAGGCGAUAACGGCGGUUCUUUUCUCUCUCCGAGACAAGAUGUUUCUUUCACGGUGGCUUUCAGCCAUCACCUACAAAAUGCGAGUGCCGUAUGGAGUGAAGCAGAGUGACCAAUAUCGCCAGGCGAAGAAGCAGACAAAGCUCGCGGCAAAGAACGCCCGAAAAAUGAAGGAGAGCAAAGGACUGCUGCUGGAGGGGAAGAAGACUGCGCUGUGCAUGAACUUGAUGCAGAACACAGGCAUUGCUUGGUACCGAAGUCUGCAAGUCUGCAAGCAUCUCGAGAUGCACCGAAGGGCGCCGGUUCCACGCGUCACGGCAGGCUUCAGAGAGAAAGUGACUCAAGCUGUCGCCGUCGUCAAGCUGGGAAGAUGAAAGGCUCGGCGACACAAAACAGAAACUCGGCCAGAGAUAAACCGAGCCAAAGCAGAAACAAAUUCUGAGAGAACGGAAGAGAGAAGAAGAAAAAGAGAGAAGAAGAAGAAGAAGAAGAAGAAAGAGAGCAAGGGUCACCGGGGCGGGAGACCUUCAGUUCGAAAUGGGAGGUCCGGGAGAACGCAACGAAGGAACUUUUUUUUUUCGUUUCUCUUUGCCUCCUUCUGUCACUCUUUUUGUGUCUCUUCCUUUCUCACUCUUUUUCUUUCUCACUCUUUUUCUUUCUCGCUCUCUUGCUUUCUCGCUCUCUUUCUUUCUCGCUCUCUUUCUUUCUCGCUCUCCUUCUUUCUCGCUCUCUUUCUUUCUCGCUCUCCUUCUUUCUCGCUCUCUUCCUCUGUG